CCGAUUUCUCCCCCCUCCACACCGACUGCUUGCCUCUUGCCGCGCUCUGGCGCUGGCGGUCCGCCUCCCCCCCGCCCUUCAUCCACCACUCGACGCUUGGGAGACUUCGACUAUUUCCGUUCGACGCUCGGGAAGAGCCUAUCGCGCGCCGAGAUUUCUGCGCGGUUGCCAAUCAGUGGAUGCGCCAGCGCGGCACGGAGGCAUGCAUAACCUUUUAUUUGAUGUCGCGUACUUCCUAAACGCGAGGCGGCUAGGGAGAGGGUGAGGGUGAGGGUGACGGCGCAGGCGGUGUCGGGUGGAGGGAGAGACAGAGGCACCGGCUACCAUCGUCGAUCUGCGGUAACGGCUGCGGAAGCGAGACGGAAUCGGUUCAGAGUGGGACGGAAGAGGUGUACUCGGAACGGCUGAUUGCGGCUCCCUCGGCUCCGAGAUCCGACCCGACUCCCGACUCUCGAGCGACGAGCGCGCGCGGCAGGGAACUGCCGAUCAGGAUCAGUCACUCGCCAACCUCAAAACGAGACGGCCGUUUUAUAUGUAUUGUCGUUUGAUACCGCUGUCCGCGAACUACGUGUAAUAAGUAUAUAUAUAUAUAUAUAUAUAUAAAUGUUGAUUCAAAUGUGGAACAUCGCGUGUGCCCAGGGUUUGUGAGACGAACGAACUGAGAACCGCGAAGGGAUCUACUGGAUACGAUAUAUACUUACGGCGAUACAAAGGAGUUUAAAACGUAUAACAGAGUUUAGCCGGUGUAUUCCCAAAGUGUGUGUUGUUAUACUUAGAAACUCACCCGAUUUUCUAUUCGUGAUGAACAAAACUUCAAUUGUACCGAACACGCGACUGGCUACGUUACGCUCAGUGUACGGUUAAGCUAGUUUUUCAACACCAUCCCCCCCCACCCACCCAUCUACCCCGUUCCUCACCAUUCCUUCCUUCUUCUCAAACCUUAUCGGGAGAGUGAUGUUAAAGACCCGUACGCGCGCGUAUGUUUAUCUGUAAAUAAAUUGGAAAGAAAAGAAAAGACUCAUCUCAGUACGGAGGGUGCCAUAACGAAAUAAAUGAUUUAUCAGUUUUAUCUGUGAUAUAUACAUAUAUAUAUAUAUGUGUAUGUAUGUAUGUACCGCGAGUACAACAAAUUUCUGGUGACAAUUUAUCUUGUGUGGAUUUUAUCCAAUGACCACCGUAGAAGUGACACAUAUUAACCACAACUGGGCGGCAAGUGCCAGUGAUUAUCGGAGGAUUUAAACGGGACGACAGACGCCGCCAAAGCUGCGACGACCCCACCACGUGUUAUGAAACUGCUCUCGACUACACAGCUACCUCAGUUACCGCCGGUAUCUGCUGGUGGCGGUAUGACAGGUAUGGAGUCCCGCCUUCCCCCGGGCAUAACGCUUCCGUUCAGCCCGACCGAUCUUUUGUGGCGUUACGGACCAAUGAGCUUCUCCCCGAGUGCGCAUCCACCCCCGAGUCCUCUUCUCGACUUCAAAACUCACCUGCCGACCAGCCUCGCUUCGGACCCGCGAAUAUGGUCUCGGGAGGACGUCGCCGCAUUUCUACGCUGGGCCGAGCGUGAAUUCGAUCUUCCCCAAUUUGAUAUGGAAAUGUUCCAAAUGAACGGCAAGGCUCUUUGCCUGCUGACCAAAUCGGAUUUCGGGGAGCGUUGCCCCGGGGCGGGUGACCUUCUUCACAACGUACUGACGAUGCUCGCCCGGGACUUUAACCAGCUACAGAGAUGCUUGCCGAGCAGUCCGGUUACGCCAACGAGACCCUCGGCCUAUCCCCUCAGCCCCCACUCCCACCCCCCGACGCCUACGUGGGCCGAGAAUCCCUACGCGGCUAAUCUUGCCUCCCUAAUGUCCGCCAAUUCCGUAACCCUCUCACCGGCACCGUCCGUCGACAGCCAGGCCGGUUCUCCUGGCCACGCCGAGCCACAGACCCAAGUUUACAAGAGUGACUCGGAUGAGGACAACCAGACGGGGGGGAGCAACAGUCCCCCGGCGACUCCGACCGCCCUGGCGACUCAGAGAUUGAGCGAGGUAUGCUUCAAGGACCAGCCCAGCCCCACAUUCACAUCUCAAAUGAUGCACGUCACACCGGGGACCUUUAGGCCAGCCGGGUCACCUAGGGAAUUCUUUCCAAACGACCCACCCGAACCGAACACCAACGGUCGACUUCUCUGGGAUUUUCUACAACAACUGUUGAACGACCCCUCCCAAAGAUACACCCAUUAUAUCGCGUGGAAGAGCCGGGAAACGGGAGUUUUCAAGAUCGUCGAUCCGCCAGGGUUGGCGCGUCUCUGGGGCAUCCAGAAGAAUCAUCUGUCGAUGAACUACGACAAGAUGAGCAGGGCCCUUCGCUACUACUACAGAGUAAACAUCCUUAGGAAGGUUCAGGGUGAACGUCACUGCUAUCAGUUUCUCCGAAAUCCUACCGAGCUGAGAAACAUAAAGAAUAUUUCUUUGCUGCGUCAACAAAUGCGGAUAAAAUCGGAGCCUGAGGAUGUCGACUGCAACGUAACACCGGCCGAAGAACUGCCCACAGAUCUUUCAAUGUCGAGUAUGAAUCAACUCAGCGAACCCUUGCCGCUUGUCGUACAAGGAAUUCUAACUGAACCCGAUAACCAUAGAAAGGCGAAAGAAGAACCCUUACCGCUCCAUGACCCUCCCCCGAAGUACAGGAGCCACGCUUACAAUCUCGUUAAAACCAACCAGGAGCCGGACGAACGGAAGUGACGCGAGAUCUAGCAUCGCGAAGCUGUACACGAAUGCUCAAUUGGGUGCAAUAGUUUAGUGGAAAUUGGUAAAUUGCAACAGGACUAGUCUCUCUUGUGUGCAGAAAUAUUGUGGGUCGAACCAAUCGAGGAGUCGAGACUGAUGACGCGCUGAUAUAUCACUCCGGUUAUAUUGCACGCCGAUGCGUAUACAACCACAUAUGCAAUGUUCUAUUGUAUAUGUGCCUCUGCCUGCGGUGUGCAAACGGUGCAGAAGUACGUGCGCAUUUUACUACUCGUCUGUUCGCGAUAGCCAAACUGGGUAAUAUCGUGCAAAUAGCCCGCGAGGCGUGUAGUGUGCAACGUGGGAUCUAGCGUAAGCGAUCGUGGUACCAAGAUUCGUGGUUGUUCGCAGUACUAGUUGUGUCGAAAAUUUCCUGUGGUUGACACGUUCGGUUCAGCUGCUGUAGAUCGUGACAGGCGACGUUGUAGCUGCCAGUGUAAAGCUGCUUGUGGGGUCCUCUGCACGAAAUGACCCGGUAUGAAUUGUAUAUAUGUGCCUCGAUUUACGGGUGUUGCCGAUAAUGUAGAUAAGGAAUAAAAUCGAGACGAAAAGAUGUUGCCAUCUCAACACGACGAUGUAAAAUCACAACUUGUCUCACGUGCUGCAAAUCAACAUUGAAGCAUUCAGUGGAUAAGAUAGAAAGAAAAAGGAAAACAAAAACCAGGGGAAGAAUGAUAUAUUUAUAUACAAGAAAUACGAAAAAAUUUAUGCAGGAAUUCAGCUCCGCCUACCUAUUUCAUGUACCACGAAGUACUGAAUCUCGAAAAAAUAUAUUUCCAAAAAGUUGGAACCUCUUGGUGCGUGCAAAUUUGGAUUCGUGUCUUCUUAUCAUGAAAAAAAAUUCUCCCCUCAGGCUUGGUGACGAUGUUUUCCGUAUAGGAAAAAAAUCGUGGCUGAAUGGCGAAACCGCCCAUCUGGUUAACUUCGAGACCAUCCAGACGUGAUAUUCGUCAGUGUGUUGUAAAUUCUAAAACAAGAUUGUAAUAUCGUAAAACAGGAUAUAUGAACCUAUAUUAAAAAUCUUAGUUACGGCGAUAGCAAUUAUUAUGAUAAUAAUUAUGAUAAUUCGACGAAGUGCAAUUGUGACUUGCGGAACCUGUCUUUCGUAGAGAGAAAAAUACUUGGGUGUUGCAGCGUUGUCACGUUUAUUAAUAAUAAUGAUAAUAAUAACAUUAACAAUAAAAUAGUGGUAAAAAAAAGUUGACCAAAAUGAAAUGGCCGCCGUUAUCGUGAUAAGUGAAACAAUGAAAGGAUAAGAUAUAUAAAUAUAUAUAUAUAUAUAUAAAUAUAGAUAGAUAUAUAAAUAGAUGUAAUUAUUUUUAAUUGAACUUAGGAAUAUAGAUUUUUAUUACAAGUACGUUUCUGUUCCAAUAUUUUAUGCGCAAGUGUGAUAACUGUAAAUUCAGCACAGAAAGUCGUCGAGAGAUACAGAUGGAUCUAUAUAUAUUACAGAAACCGUCAAUUCAGAAAGUAUAAUUGCAAAAAUACAUGUAUGUGCGUGUAUGCACUUGAAUCUUGAAGCAUUCUGCAGUUGCAUGAAAAUGAGAAAUGUGCAACGUACACGCUGUAUGUACGUUGAUAUAGCGACACUGUUUGUUUCAAUAAUCGUGUACAGUCGUACAUAAUUAUCCGUUCUCCGAAUAUCUGAUCCACGCAGACGUAUUUGAUAUUCGGCUACACUUAUUUUAUUUUUAUUUUUUUCUGCCAUAUUUGUGAUUACGAUAUAAUCACCGCAUCUCAUAUACACAACGAAAUUUCGCAAAAUCGUGGCCAUUGUGGUUUAGGUGGUUAAGCUUUAAAGGAACUUACUGCGUUUAUCGGAAACUUUCGCGCGGCUUUCAACUUGAAGGAGCCGAAAUGUUGAUUUUACACGUGUUUACAUGUAUAAGAUAUUUAGAUGUAUCUCCGAUCUCUGCAACGACUGUCGAAUUUCUGUCUCUGACAUCUGCCGAAGUGCAUGUAUGUACAUAAUUGCACAUGCGCACGCACGCGCUAGCGUACACACGACAAAUCACAUCUCUUCCACGAAUAUUUUUUAAUUUUAAUGUAUUUAAUUCAAAAAGAUUCAACGGUUGUUGCAGAAACGUGUAGUUCUCAAUUAUACUUGAACCCUUGCGAUUCUAUUGCAUUUAAUUUUUAUUAACGCAUCGUCUGUACGAUUCAAAUUAAAGAGAUUAUAAUACA